CUCGUUUAAAACACAGAUAGAAAAAUAAUAAAAAAAAGUUUUGGCCAACUAGCUUUGUAGAUUUCUUAUAACUUUUUAUCAAGAUGAUGCUAUCAACCUAUCAGCACGACUAUGUCCCGCCCAAUGCCAAACGGUACGAGUUCCUAACGCGGCCCAGGGGCGCCGACGCUCACAGUGGUCCGCAGGUCAAGGAGUGCGAGUGCGUCGACGAGUCCAAGAUCGUGAUGCCACCGAACGCGUCCAAAGACUGUGGCGGCGUCGAGUGGACGGGCAUAGCGCCAAUGGGAAAGCUGGUGGAUCCGCGUAUCAUACCCACCCAGCUGACGCAGGACCAGGUGGACAAGAUGGCCUUUUCGGCGGAGACAGAUUGCUUUAAGCUGCAGCCCAACCGCUUUCUGAAGAUCUUGCGUACAGUCUACCCGGAUCUGUAUGAACGCCUGAAGGUCAUGCCCAAGGAAGAGCUGAGCCGCAGGCUGGAGACCAACCGUAUGAACACCACCUAUCAGAUUGAUUACUGUGACAUGAACGAGUACCCGGAGGGUAUUUACGAGAGCCUAAAGACGGAGGACGAGUCCAAGAACGCCAGCAAGCUAAUGAGCGAACGUGGGCCCUGUAACGAGUUCCGCUCGAACGUGAUGAACGAACUGGAGCGGGAGGCGUCCGCUGGCUACGAGAUUUCUAGCGACGAAUGCCAAAAGAACUACAAGCCAUUCAAGACCAGCUUCUCGGACUCUUCGCAGACCAUUGAAUCCGGCAGCAAUUCGCACUGGAACUCCGCCCCAACCACAUACCGGAAGGUGCCGACCUUCAGCGAGUACAUGGACUCGAUAAGUCGCAACGGCUGCGUCAUCAUGCGCAACAAGUUGCACGAUCACUCCAAGUGCUUGGCCAAGUACUGCAAGCACGAGCUCAAGUUCACUUGCAAUGACAUGAAGUAAUCGUCCGAAUUCUAGUGCAUCUCGUGCAAAUCUUCAACUCACCUCUAGGUAUCGCAGCACAUCACGGAAGGUGGCACGCUGGGCCUUGCGAUCGCGCUUGGCGCGGUACUUGUGCGAAUCCGUGGCCAGCUGCUUGACGGCCUCCGACAACUCAGCGAUGUCAUCUUCCAGGAAAUCCUCCUCGUGAGCACGGCCCGACUCCAGAAUCAAAGCAAUGGUCUCGCCAGCGGCCAUGCGGACGUCCAAGUGUGUAGAUUGCAAAAGACCCAAGAACUUCUUAAUAGACCUGCAAAUUGUAGUUUAAAAAAUUAUAGCAAUGGUUUGAUGUGUGCAA